UUCCAACAUUCGGAGAACUUCCUCCUGUCUGCAUGUGUCCUUAGUAUCAGUAUACGCAACGGUAACAAGAGCUGAGGGCCGCGUAUCAGGUUACCUCAGUUCUGCCAGCCUUGCAGGAGGUGGGAGCAGUCGCACACAUGGGGCCCACCAGCCCUCAGCCUCCUGAGAGGGUUUCUCACGGCGCGGACCAGCAAGCGCAGGGCCAAGCUGCGGCCGCGCUCCCCUAGGCGCACGCUGCAGCGCGCGGAGCUCGCCCGCUCGGAAACGCAGCUCUCGUGCACCACCUCCCACCGCCACCAGAGGGCGCAGCGAGCCGAGACGCGCCCAGCCAUCCCCGGCCGGCGAUUGGGCUGCCGGCAAGCCUGUCAUGCUCUCAGCUCCGCCGCCGUCAGCUGGGGGAGCAGAGCAGAGCAGCAAGGACUGUGCGGGACAGGAUAGGAGGGUUGUCUGUGUGCGGAGUGAGGGCUACAUGGCGUUCUUUCAGCGGCUGCUGAUGCCCGAAGAACGGGGCGGCGGUUUAGAGUGACCCCUGGGCACCGCUUCGCCUCUCAUUGCGGGUCACACUUGCUCGGGGCUCUCUCGACGAGAGUAGCGCCCAGGACAAGAUGAUUGAAACACUGGUAACUACUGAAGCUCAACAACUGCUGUACCAGCUGACAGCCCUGUUGGAACAGGAGUUAAGAUGUCAGCCAAAAGCUUCUGGCCUGAGACUAAUUGAAUCUGCUCAUGAUAAUGGUCUCCGAAUGACUGCAAGGCUGCGAGAUUUUGAAGUGAAAGAUCUCCUUAGUUUAACUCAAUUCUUUGGCUUCCACACAGAGACGUUUUCACUAGCUGUGAAUUUCUUGGAUAGAUUCUUGUCAAAAAUGAAGGUGCAGCCUAAACACUUGGGCUGUGUUGGACUCAGCUGCUUCUACCUGGCUGUGAAGGCAUCUGAAGAAGAGAGAAAUGUUCCCCUAGCCACUGAUUUAAUUCGAAUAAGUCAAUAUAGGUUCACUGUUUCUGAUAUGAUGAGAAUGGAGAAAAUAGUAUUGGAGAAGCUGUGCUGGAAAGUUAAAGCUACAACAGCCUUCCAAUUUCUACAGCUGUAUCAUUCACUUAUUCAUGAGAAUUUAAGCUGUGAAAGGAGAAAAUACCUCAAUUUUGAGAGACUUGAGACCCAGCUUAAGGCAUGUCACUGCAGAAUCAUGUUUUCUAAAGCCAAGCCUUCUGUCUUGGCACUGUCUAUUCUGGCACUAGAAAUAGAAGAACAGAAGCUGCUGGAAUUGACAGAGGCAUUGGAAUUUCUGCAGUUGCAUUCCAAGAUAAACAACAGAGAUCUGACCCUCUGGAAGGAACUGGUGUUAAAGUGCCUUACAGAAUAUUCCUCAAGCAAGUGUUCCAAACCAAAUGUCCAGAAACUGAAAUGGAUUGUAUCUGGGCGUACAGCACGGCAGCUUAAACAUAGCUACUACAGGAUAACACACCUUCCUACAAUUCCAGAGACCAGCUCAUAAUAGGAUUACAAUAAAAUGAGGACAGAACCAUUCUGAGACCAUGUCAACAGACAUAACUGGGAAACAGUCUGAAACGUGAUCUUAAUAAUUAAGUACUUAACUUGUGGAAAGAACAUGUGACAUUUCAGAGUAAAAAGCCUUCCAGCAAGUGUCUUCUUUUCAUGAUGAUUACAAAAAUAUUUUGGGUCAAUUUUCAGUCUUGUUAGACUAUUUACUAAAGUGCCACACUACUGAUACAAGGAAUUUUAACACCUUAGAUUGUAGAGCAGCUUGUGUAGCCUAACUCCCUGUAGGUGCUGAAUUACAGGUUUAACAAAAACUAGCUCACUUUCUAAAGACUGUGAUACUAGGGAAAACAUCAUGUGCAGUACCAGAGUGUCUCAGAGAGUAAUCUCACUCUAUAUUGACAACAGCAAAUGCCUGUCAGCUCACCUGACAUGCUGUUUGGGCACUGUCAUGUGUCCACAUGCUCCUCCUAGGCAGGUCCCUGGCCUACCACAGACAUUAAAAAUUAGGCUAUGUGAUACCCACUCAACACAUCAAACAGAUAGAGGAGGAGGAAAGAGCAACCUAAUUUCAUUGCCUUAUAAAAAAGGUAGUCACUAACACAGCAUCGGUAACUUCAGUGUUAGAGAUGUAGUUAACUGAGAUUACAAAUCAUUUCAGAGUGUAAAAACUCUGUGAUACCUCACAGUGGCUGAGGGAAUGUGCAAAGUCACCUGCUCAAAAUCCAAGUUUCUCCAGGUUUCACGCUACAAGGGUUAAAUGCUGAUGCUGAAGAGGUGUAUUUUUAUAGUAGGAGCAGGCCUAAUGCCCCCUCUUGGCCUGAAUGUAAGAGCAAUCUGAAGAAACACUGAAGAUUGCUUCCACUCUCAUUUCUUUUAACGGUAAACUUUGUGAAAUAGAACUGUUUUUGAUGAAGACCAGAUGCUUGAGACCAUGCUUCUGGUGCUAACAAGCAAGUGCAUAAUAAUAACGUAUUAUUGUAUGUAAGAUGAAUAGAGGUGUUGGGGGAAUACACUGUUAAUUGAUUGUCAUAUAAACUGACUUAAUGAAGGAGAGAUCAGAAUGUUCUGAAUACAGUGUGGGCUUAGAUGCUAGUCAGCCACCCCUUUCCCCUUUGUGGUUAACAGCUGAGGAAAAAAACAUUCUUUGUACAUCUCAAACUAGUUAAACCUCUCACAGAAGACUUCAUACCAAAGCGCUCUACUGGACAAACAAGCCUCCUCUUGAACACAUAGGAGUGGUUGCACGCUGUCACCUGCAGUUGGGUUUGGCGUCUGCUGGUGCUCUCUGCACUGGCCUGAGAAAAGCAUACAGCUGAUUUGCACAAAGGUGUGAACAGCCUGCUGGGAGAGAUGGAGAAAAUGCAGUGUGCAGUUCUGACUGUUACGCCUCCAUAUUAAGAUAUGUACCUUUUAAUUAAACAUUGGAAAGUG